UUAUUUUAGAAAAACAGUGCCAAACUUUAAGAAAACUCUUAAAAAGUUGAAAACUCAGCAGUAACAAACUUUAGACUGAACAACACAAAAACUCCAUAACACCUUCCUGAUGUGUACACAGAUGAUAAUUUGCCGGCAAUGCACAGUACAAGUGAUAUGGGUGUAUGUUUGUAAGUCCAAGUUUAUACAGUCAACAGGUUAACCUGUGACAAGGUCUAUUUGUAGAAGAAAUUCAACCUGACUGGAAAGUGGUCAGUGUGUUUGGCAUUGUGGAUCAAGCAAUAGCUAUGACAAAGUAUCCAUUCAAAUCCAUUGAACUGGCAGUAAAUGAGUACUGCAUUGUUAUGUAUGAAGGCAAGUGUUCCCCUGACAUAGCUGAAGAAACCAUACUGGCCCUGCCAGAGGAGCUCCUCAGUGUUUUGCAUCCAUGCAGAGGGGGCCGGAAGUGGCCGACACAAAAGGAUGUAACGUGGUACCUUGCUUCAUCUGUUCUCAAAAGGAUUGAUGCACCAGUACCUGUGAAUUUCUGUGCUCCACACUUCAAUCCAGUAGGUGGCGGGAAUGCACUAUUUAAAUUGGGUUGCCAACCGCCAUAAAACACCAGAAGAAGCAGCAGCAGCAGAUGAAGAAGAAACAGCCGAAGAAGUCGGACGCGCCAUUUUAAUUUUAGUGGUCGGUGGGAACCUUUGUUACUGGGAGAUGGGGUCUGGAAGGAAGAUGUUGGAGAGCGGGAUUCUGUGAAGAGUUGAGUUCGUGGUAGCAGCUACCAAGCAGAACCCCAUUUGAUGCUGUGGACAGUGUAAAGAUGGAAUCAAUCCCGAUUAAAGAGGAGCUCCCUAAACUUGAACUGGUCCCCAUUAGACUGGAGUUCUCUGGACUGGCUUCUGUCUCCAUUAAACAGGAGCUCUGUGAGAUGCCAUCUGACAGCAUUAAGUCAGAGGUGUCUGGAAUUAAAGCAGAGCGCAAUGAAUUAGAGAUCUUCCAGACAGAAGAACCCCUUCCUGUGAAUGAAGAGGUGCUGGAAAUGCUACCAAGCAGAACCACGUUUGAUGCCUUGGACAGUGUAAAGAUGGAAUCAGACCCGAUUAGACUGGAGUUCUCUGGACUGGUUUCCCUCCCCAUUAAACAGGAGCUCUGUGAGACGCCCUGUGACAGCAUCAAGCCAGUGGUGUCUGGAAUUAAAGUUGAGCGCAACAAACUGGAGAUCUCCCAGACAGAAGAACCAGUUCCUAUGAAAGAAGAGGUGCUGGAAAUGGUGUGGAAACUGGAGCCCCUGAAAGAGGAGGUACUCUUGAAACCAGGGAAGGAAGAGUCCGAAAACUUGAAAGCAACCCCCACUGAGCUGAGUCCAGUACACCUGCGGGAGUGUAGCGUGGUGCUGGACAGAAUCUAUGUGAGAAAGCAAGGCUCUGGAGAGGAAGGCUUUCCCAACAGCACGCAAGGAGAUGGACAGGACGAUGAGAGCUCGUAUUCAGAGUGCAGUCCAGCAGGUUACAGUCCAGCAGUUAAAGCAAGGACGGGUGCCACCCAGUUAAGGAAUUUAAAAAUACUGAGAGGAGAAAAAUUUAAAAAUACCAGAGGAGAGAAACCGUAUCACUGCUCUGACUGUAGUAAGAGUUUCACUCAGUCAGCAAAUCUUGUAAUACACCAGAGAGUUCACACAGGAGAGCGGCCGUAUCGCUGCUCUGACUGUGGAAAGAGUUUCAAGUCAUCAGGACACCGUACAGUACACCAGCGAAUUCACACAGGAGAGAAACCGCAUUGCUGCUCUGACUGUGGAAAGAGUUUUAGUCAGUCAGGAGGCCUUGUGAUACACCAGCGUAUUCACACAGGAAAGAAACCCUAUCGCUGCUCUGACUGUGGAAGGAGUUUCAAGUCAUCAGGACACCAUACAGCACACCAGCGAAUUCACACAGGAGAGAAACUGCAUUGCUGCUCUGACUGUGGGAAACGUUUCAGGAACUCAGGAGACCUUUCAAAACACCAGCUAAUUCACACAGGAGAGAAACCUUAUCGCUGUUCUCACUGUGGGAAGAGUUUCAGGCAGUCAGGAAAUUUUGAAUCGCAUAAGCGAACUCACAAAGGAGAGAAACCAUAUCACUGUUUUGACUGUGGGAAGAGUUUCAGUCGGUCAGAACACCUAUUAAUACAUCAGCGAAUACACACUGGAGAGAAACCGUAUCACUGCUCUGACUGUGGGAAGAGUUUCAGUCGGUCAGGACAACUUGUAACACACCAGCGUAUUCACACAGGAGAGAAACCUUAUUACUGCUCUGACUGUGGGAAGAGUUUCAGGGAGUCAGGAGACCUUGUAAAACACCAGAGAAUUCACACAGGAGUAAAGCCAUAUCACUGCUCCAACUGUGGUAAAAGUUUCAGUCAGUCAGGACAACUUGGAAAACAUCAGCGGGUACACACAGGAGAGAAACCGUUUCAUUGCUCUGCUGGUGUGAAAUGAGGUUUGCUUACGAACUGAAACUCUUCCCACAGUCAAAUUCAC